GGAAGAAAGGCCCAGAUGGAGACUAUGAACUGCUUGCCGAACCCCUAUCAGCAGUCUGUUUCCCUGGCUGUAGGUUUCAUGGUGAAGAUCAAGGGAACUCUUGAGUCUUCUUGUGGGAAGAACCCAGAGCUUAUGGUGGAUUUCUGCACGGGUAUAAUGGAAUGCAGCAACAUUGCAUUCCAUUUCCGAGUCUACACAAACAGCAUGGUGGUGAUGAACAGUUUCCAGGAAGGGGUAUGGCAGGAGGAAAAGAGAAUGUUUUCUGACCCUUUUGUGCCAGGCCAGCCAUUUGAGCUGCGAUUCUUGGUGCUGGAGAAUGAAUACAAGGUGUUUGUGAAUAACAAGUCCUUCUGCCAGUUUGUCCACCGCCUGCCCCUACAGUCUGUGAAAAUGCUGGAGGUGAGGGGAGAUACUGUGCUGACUUCAGUGGAUACAUUUUAAGGGGCAGAAGAUCUUCCAGUGAAGAUAUCCACCCCAUUCCACUCUUCCAUAAUGUGCAGGAUCAUGGCCACUCCCAGAAGAUGCCAGGAUGUCCCCCUGCCCUCACACUUACACCAGUGAUAAUAAAAUAUUCCUGAUAUGAA